CGGGACGCAGGGCGCAGGAGGUACUCGGCCCAGCAGCCCGCGGCGCCGCGCUCCGCACGCUCAGGGCACGUGUUCUCAGGUGCCAUGACGCAGCGGCCCCAGGAGGACUUUGACAGAAGUGUGGAGGAUGCCCAGGCCUGGAUGAAGGUGGUGCAGGAACAGCUCCAGCUCAAUGACAACACACAGGGGCCCCGAGCCGCCCUGGAAGCACGAUUGCGUGAGACGGAGAAAAUCUGCCAGCUGGAGCCCGAGGGAUGCAUGAAGGUGGAACUGGUCCUGCGGGCAGCUGAGGCCCUCCUGGCUACCUGCCAGGAGGGCCAGAAGCCCGAGAUCCUGGCCCAGCUGAAGGAUAUCAAGUCCCAGUGGGAGGAGACGGUCACCUACAUGACUCACUGCCACAGUCGCAUCGAGUGGGUGUGGCUGCACUGGAGUGAGUAUCUGCUGGCCCAGGAUGAGUUCUACCGCUGGUUCCAGAAGAUGGUGGUUGCUCUGGAGCCCCCUGUGGAGCUGCAGCUGGGCCUGAAGGAGAAGCAGUGGCAGCUGAGCCACGCCCAGGUGUUGCUGCACAAUGUGGACAAUCAGGCCGUGCUGCUGGACAGGCUGCUGGAGGAGGCGGGCUCCUUGUUCAACAGGAUCGGGGAUCCCAGCGUGGAUGAAGAUGCCCAGAAGAAGAUGAAGGCUGAGUAUGACGCUGUGAAGGCCAGAGCCCAGCACAGGGUGGACCUCCUGACCCAGGUGGCCCAGGAGCAUGAGCAGUACCGGGAGGAUGUGAAUGAGUUCCAGCUCUGGCUGAAGGCGGUGGUGGAGAAAGUACACAGCUGCCUGGGGCGAAACUGCCAGCUGACUACGGAGCUUCGUCUCUCUGCACUGCAGGAUAUCGCCAAGGAUUUCCCUAAGGGCGAGGAGUCUUUGGACAGGUUGGAGGAGCAGGCUGAGGGUGUCAUUCGGAACACCUCUCCUUUGGGUGCAGAGAAGAUCUCAGGGGAGCUGGAGGAAAUGCGAGGGGUCCUGGAGAAGCUGAGAGUCCUCUGGAAGGAGGAGGAAGGGAAGCUGCAAGGCCUGCUCCAGUCCAAGGGGGCCUGUGGGCAGCAGAUCCUGCAGCUGGAGGCGGAGCUGGGAGAGUUCAAGAAAAGUCUUCAGAGGUUGGCCCAUGAGGGCUUGGAGCCCACGGUGAAGACAGCCACAGAGGAUGAGCUGGUGGCCCACUGGAGGCUGUUCUCGGGGACCCAGGCUUCACUGGCUUCAGAGGAGCCCCGUGUAGACCGACUACAAACUCAGCUAAAGGAGCUUGUCGCCUUCCCCGACCUACAGUUGCUCUCUGACAGUGUGGUGGCUGCCAUUCAGGAAUAUCAAAGUAUGAAGGGAAAGAAUGCCAGGCUCCACCAUGCGACCAGGGCAGAGCUGUGGCAGCGGUUCCAGAGGCCCCUCAGUGACCUGCAGCUGUGGAAGGCCCUGGCCCAGAGGCUCCUGGACAUCACCACCAGCCUGCCGGACCUGCCCUCCAUCCACACCUUUCUACCCCAGAUUGAGGCGGCCCUAGCAGAAAGCUCCCGCCUGAAAGAGCAACUGGCGAUGCUGCAACUGAAGACGGACUUGCUCGGUAGCAUCUUUGGCCAGGACAGAGCAGCCGCUCUCCUGGAGCAGGUGGUGAGUUCUGUGAGGGACCGAGACUUACUGCAUAACAGCCUUCUGCAGAGGAAGAGCAAACUGCAGAGCCUGCUCGUCCAGCACAAGGACUUCGGGGUGGCUUUUGACCCCCUACACAGGAAGCUUCUAGACCUCCAAGCCAGGAUCCAAGCAGAGAAAGGGCUUCAGCGGGACCUUCCUGGAAAGCAGGUCCAGCUGCUAAGGUUGCAGGGGCUGCAGGAAGAAGGCCUUGAUCUGGGGACACAGAUAGAGGCUGUGAGGCCUCUUGCCCAGGGGAACUCUAACCACCAGCACAAAGUGGACCAGAUUUCCUCUGACCAGCAAGCCCUGAAGAGGUCCUUGGAGGACCUCGUGGACGGCUGUCAGCAGAGCGUCCGGGAGCACUGCACCUUCAGCCACCGGCUGUUGGAGCUGCAGCAGUGGGUCACCAUGGUCACACAGACACUGGAGUCACACCAGGGGGACGUGCGUCCAUGGGAUGCUGAGUCCCAAGAGGCUGGACUUGAGAGGCUGCUGGCUGAAAUUCCAGAGAAAGAGGUCCAGCUGUCCCUGCUCCAAGCCCUGGGCCAGCUUGUGAUGAAGAAGUCCUCCCCAGAUGGGGCGGCCGUGGUCCAGGAGGAUCUGAGGAAGCUGAUGGAGUCCUGGCAGGCCCUGCGGCUAUUGGAGGAGAAUCUGCUGAGUCUCCUCAGAAACGAGCAGCUGCAGAGAACAGAGGUGGACACGGGGAAGAAACCAAUCUUCACCAACAAUAUUCCAAAGGCUGGCUUUCUCAUCAACCCCCAGGACCCCAUUCCCAGGCAGCGGCAGCGGCAUCGGGCAAACCUACCAGAAGAACAUGACGUUCAUGAAGAUUAUUCCCAGCUCCUGAGGGACUUCGAACAGUGGCUGCAGGUUGAAAACUCCAAGCUAGCUGGAAUCGUCACUAUGAGAACAGCCACAGCCAAGGACUUGAGGACCAGAGAGAUGAAGCUGCAGGAGCUAGAGGCGCGGAUCCCAGAAGGCCAGCAUCUGUUUGAGAACCUGUUCCAUCGCAGGCCAGCAAGGGACCCCUCCAAUGAGCUGGAAGAUCUGCGCUAUCGAUGGAUGCUAUACAAAUCCAAGCUCAAGGACUCUGGCCACUUGCUGACGCAGAGUUCUCCAGAGGAGCUGAUUGCAUUCCAAAAGAGUCGACAGCAGAGGCGGUGGCGGAAUCCCUGCUCUCUCCUACAGAAAGCCUGCCGGGUAGCGCUGCCACUACAGCUUCUGCUCCUGCUCCUUCUGCUGCUGCUCUUCCUGCUGCCGGCCGGGGAGGAAGAGCGCAGCUGCGCCCUGGCCAACAACUUCGCCCGCUCCUUCGCUCUUAUGCUUCGGUACAAUGGCCCCCCGCCCACCUAGUCCUCUGGGACCUACAGGUGACAUUCUGCAGUCCCUCUGAGGCUGGCUUUGGGGGGAAGCUGGACAGACCAGACACCCAGAACAGUCUCGAUCUAAAUGCUGCAUCCGUUCCCAGAACAAACUUGCUUUUUUCUACAAUGUCAUUUCUGUCUAUUUAUACUGAAUGUGUACUAUGUGUGGUUAGGGAAUAAUGUACAGAAUUUUUAUAUGUGUGUAUGUAUAUGCUCAGUGUAGAUAACUUCAGACUCGAUGUUUCUUUGUGCCUACGGGAGUCCCCAGCAGUAUGUUUCCCUAAUGGGAUUUGUGACACUCGUGCCUUAGCCUUCUGUCAUCCCUGGCAGACAGGAGAAAUCACACAUUACUUUUAUGAUGACCAGGAAUCCAGGCGUCAGUGCAGAAGUCGCCGAGCUGUGAGCGUAGCUGAGCAGAACCGGAGUCCUAGGGCUCUUGUGCAUGUGACUAGG